AUGACGACGACCACGAUCAGCUCACUGAUCAGGUUCCACCUUCAUAUGUACGGUAUAUGGCCACACGCGUCGAACGUUGUGGUCAGAUUAUAUUGGAUUAUAAUAUUGAGCACGAUUCAAGUCUUCCAGUACCAAUACGUAGUGGUAAACAUUCAUAUGGACGACUUCGUCGAGUACAUAGAUGCAGUGAGCAGUGCGAUCACAAUUUCUUUAUUGUAUAUUAAGCUCGUUGUCUUUUGGACCCAUGAACGAACGUUUCUCGAUCUAAUACAAACGAUGUCUGUGGACUGGCAAGAUUACACCUUGAACCACAAUAGCUUGCGCAUAAUGACGAAAGGGGCGAAUCUUGCACAUCGUGCCUCAAGGUGGAUCGUUAGCUUGCAAGUACUUUCCGUACUUUUCUACGGUGCCGGUGUCCUCGCCACUAACGCAAGUCCCGAAAGAUCAGAGCUGUUCAAGAAAGGUCUUAUUCUGAAAAUGGAGCUGCCAUUCAACAUUAGCACAAAUUUUAUCUACACGACAGUUCAGACUUUUCAAUUUUAUCAUAUGCUGUUAAUUGCCGGCGGUAUUACGUCUACCAAUUCACUUCUCGUCACUCUGGUAAUUCACAUCUGUGGCCAAAUUGACAUUCUUCGAGAAAAAUUGGUAAACAUUUUCUCCAAAUGUUCGGCGUAUUCGGACGAGUUUACAGAUGAAAUUACACUGCGUACAUUGAUUCUCAACCAUCAACGUAUCAUUUUAUUUGCGGAAAAUAUCGACACUCUUUACACGUUUAUCUCAUUAAUGAUGCUUUUAUCUGACACCAUUAUCAUAUGCUGCUUAGGAUUUAUUAUCGUCACCUCGCUCGACACACCCAAUGCCGCAGCGAUUUUGGUAAAAUGCGUGAUAUUCUACAUCUCGAUAAAUUUCGAGACAUUCAUAUACUGUUUCGCCGGCGAAUAUCUGAGUGCUAAGAGCAAAAUGAUUGGAAGUGCGGCAUACGAUUCUCUCUGGUACAAUUUUCCAGCUAAGGAAAGUCAAAAUAUAUUGUUCCUCAUCGUGAGAUCGCAGAAAAGAUUGACAAUCACAAGUGGAAAAAUCGUCGACCUUUCGUUAGAGCGAUUUACCAGUGUAGUAAAGGCAUCGUUGUCGUAUAUAUCAGUACUGUUGGCAAUGUACUGAAAAUAGAUGGUGUAUUGAAAAUGGUUAUAACACUAACAUGGAGCAAUAGUAAGUAGAAAGCAGAAUUUAGUAAGAAGAAAAUGAAUAUAUAUUUAAAACCUGAAAUAUUUAGACACUAACACCCUGUCACGGCUCU